AUGCAAGACGCAUAUCCUCAGCUGCCCGCAAUCCAAGCUCCGCACAGCAGAACCUUGUGUGGCCAACCACCAGGUUCUUCGUCCACGUUGCCGGCAAUCUCAGGUUCCCAACUGCGGGCGAAUUUCAAUCCAGUUGCCCCAAACCGGUCACGAAACGGGCUGAAGAUAUCAAACUUGAUAUAUAGCUCUGGACCACAAGACCUCAAUCGUUCUCCCCCGAGCACGACAUAUCCCCACUCGCACGAGUCAGUAUCAGUCUCAUCAGCAGAUCAGUCAGGGACGUUUCCAGAUCUCCACAAUCAAAAUGACGCUGUGCAACGAUUUCACAUAGGUACAUUUAUCCAGCAGCCUCACAAAAGGGCGUAUAGACAACGCCGAAAGGAUCCAAGUUGCGAUGCAUGUCGGGAACGCAAAGUGAAGAUUCUUCCAGUUGCACGGAAUGCUCCAAUCGAAAUGCAAGUUCAAGACCUCGAGCGACAGCUAGCCCAAGCAAAGCAACAACUAGUCCAACUUCGGUCCGGAAUUUCCAAAAUCGAUGGUUUGAUGGAUCCCGAUUUUGAUUUGCACGAAGGGACUCCGACGAUCCCGGAAAUUGGACGGCGUCCAGGUCGUCCCAAAGAUGCCCAUAUCAACCAGAUACCCUCCCAUGUCUGCUGGAAAAUGCGAACAUAUGGCCAAGAACUCAUGGAUUUACCGGCAACUCACUCAUUCAUGCCUCGCCAGCGGCUGCCAACUGGUGAUGUGCCCCCUCUGCCCCCAACAAGCGUCGUGGACUCCCUUCUAGGAAAUUACUUCUCAUAUAUUCACCCUGUUUUUCCGAUCAUCCACUGGCCAAUGCUUUUGAGAGACUGCGACAGAAUCUCGCGCACUGGCUCUUUUGAUGGAGUCCCUAGAGUGUGGAUUGCGGUGCUAUUUGCUGUCCUUGCUUGCGGCUCACUGCAUUCACUGGACCAGGAUUUGAUAUCGAAGGGCAAAGAGUUCAUACAAACGUGUGCCAGCCUUGGUGAUCUUUGGGAGGACUCUUUUUCCAUUGACCAAGUCCGUACGAGUAUGCUUAUCAGCUUGUUUUUACAUGAGAUGAAUCUCAAGUCCCCUAGUUGGGUUUGGCUAGGCUCUGCCGUGAGAAUUGCGCAGUAUAUAGGGUUGCAUGUUGAGGAUGGGCCUUGGCCAGCGCCGGAUGCUGAGGUGAGAAAGCGGGUUUGGUGGGCUUUGUAUUCCUGGGAAAGACUUGUUGUUCUUGAAACAGGAAAGCCAUUGAUGAUAAACGAUGAGGAUUGCGAUAUUGAGCUCCCUUUUGCUGAAGACGGCUCACUACCGCAGAGCGAUAAAACCACCCCGCUUCUUGCAAUAACCCACAUUAUGCGUUCGGUAUCUCAGCUCUCAAAGAGUCUGAAAGCUCCUGCAAUUUCGGUUGAUACAUUAGAGAUAUUCGAGAGACAUUUUCAGAUGUGUUUGUCGACAUUCCCGCUGGACUAUCGGAUGGGAGGGAGCCAUUACCUUGACCCUCGCCUACUCUCCCCGAUAAUCUUUAUGCAGAAUACCCGGCUGAUUCUUCAUCGCCAUAAUAUUUCUCCACGUAAUUCACCUGAGAUGAGGCACGCUGCUCUUGAACGAUGCGUAGCUGUCGCCCAUGACACUGCCGCCCUUCUCUCCCGGUGUAUGCGUUUCCCCCCGGCGCCAAAUUCCACUUCUGACUCGCAGCAAACAAACUAUUGGAGAUAUCCAAUGGCAACGGCCGCAACCACAAUUUUAUGUUCUCACAUAUGGCGAUGUACCCUAUUUCUACUUUUCCAUGGGGCCUAUACUGAUGCCCUUAUUUGUGUCCAAACAAGCGCUGCGAUAGGCGAUGCGAGACCAAUCAAUGCAGCAUGUGGCCGCUACCUUUCAUUCUUCCUCGGGUGUUUGCUGGAGAGGACACUGAAAAGCGGCCCCACAAACCUAGAACGCGAUGAGGAAAUGAUGGCGUACGUUUCUGGUGAUCUCCAAGGUCGAGCAAGUAGCAGCUGGAUAUGGAAAACGGGAGAGAAUAGGUCAACAUCAAAAGUAACCCCAGCGCAUUCAUCUUCUCCACUAGGUGUUUCUCCCCUCGACCGAAAAUCUGUCGACGAAGCUCGAAAUGACGGUGCUCCAGAGGACUUGGAUAGGGAAUGGGAAGGAUGGGGAUGGGUUGAACAGACUGUUCACUUCCUUCUCACAGAGCAGCAACGCCAAAUUACGGUUCUUGAGGCGAAGGAAACCGGAACUAGAUCUUCCACUUUCGAUCAACCUGAGGUACCGUUUAUUCGUCCUCCCAAAAACGCCAGUUCAUCGCGCAUAAGUCCAACCAGCAGCUCGAGAAUGACGAUCGCUAAUAUAAUAUGA